CACAGAGAGUGAGGGGCAGAGCCUCAGCUCCGGAUCUGGCGAGUGGUGGCCGGGGAAGCUGGACCCGGCUCCCAGAGCACGCCUCCCUUGCGAGGUAGGCACCUUCCAGAGAGAAGGCGCUGGGCGGAGAAGCGGCCAGCCGAACCCUACUGACGCCCCAAGGGGGUUCCUUGCGAGCAAAAGUGCCACGCGUGGACAGGCGCGCAGCCAGCCCCAUCUUCGGCGGGUUUACUCGGAAGGAAGCCCCGCUUCGGCUGCGAUCCUCCGCUAGGAUCCCCAUUGGACGGCGCAGAGGUUUACUAGUGAGGAAACGUGCCUCGGAUCGGGUCCCUCGGGGGUGAUCGCUGCAGGGCCGCCCUAGGGAGGGGGAGAGAGAGAGAGAGAGAGAGAGAGGUGUUUUGGAGAGUGCCCGACUCCGGAGAUCAGAGGCAGCGGUGAUGGGCGCGGCAUAAGAUGCUGAGGGGAAGGGCGGCGCCGAUCCUCUAGCAGCUCUCCCACUGCUGCCUCCUCCUCGCUUUGGGGGGUGGCCGGGCACCCGUCGCCUCCUCUAGGCUGGUUCCUCGUUGCCCGCCCCCUCGGAGCUCGGGAGGAAUCGGGGCUGAGGACCGGCGGCGGACGAUCGACGGCGACAGAGAGCCGCGGACUAGAGGCUGCUUCCUCCUCUCUAUCGAGACCGCCCCCUCCCCCAGUGAGGCUGCCGGCUGGGAGAGGAGACAGGCUGCCAUCCGGUCCAAGAGGGAGAACCAGUGCAACCUUGCCUAGCUAGCCCGCUGUCUGUCCGGCUACGCCCGCAGAGAGGUGUUCCAGCCCCGACUGGUGCCUAAAUUCAUUGGCAGCGCCAGGAUGUCUGAAGCUUCCAGCGAGGCUGCAACGCACUCCACACCACUGCAGGGAAGAAUGACGCUCCAGUUCAAAGGCCAGAUUUGGUAACCAGCGCUGUGAGAUCCCUUAAAAACCCGAAUCCAUUGUGCCUGGAUUCAAGCGAAUCCAUUCAGCGAGGUGCGGAGGAGGAGGCGGCAAAAUUCAUGACUUCCACUGGGGAGCAUCCUUUCAGCCACCGCUUUUGGAUGUCAGCAAUCAGCGCUGAAGCGCCGUCACCGAGGAGAGUCCAGUGACCCGACGUGGGCAACGUGAGGGACAGACACUCAGAGAACAGGAAAAAUGGAGAAAGAGCCCAGCACUGAAGUGGAGGCGGAAGUGGAGAAGAAAACAGGAAGAGGCAAUGCCGAGAAGGAGAGAAAAGCUAGUCUCUGAGCCGGAUCCUGUCUUCUGCCCAGAUCUGUCUCCAUCCUACGUGACUUCCAAGCGGGCCCAGUAAAAAUGGCAGUAGAACCAACUUCCCAGGAGACCCUUCAUUAAGGCAUUUGCUGGUGGCACCAGAAGAGGGUGACAUUGAACACAUAGUUUUCCUUUCUUCUAUUGGAUGCUUCUUCAUGGUUCGGAGCCAUGGAGAGAAAGGAGAGAAGGGCAAAGCUUCCCAAGAAACAUUAGCCCGAGGCGGGGUUGUGCCGUAAGACAAACCAUCCCUUCCCCCCUUCUGGCAGAUAAGGGAUAUCAUCCCUAUCUCUGCGUGGCCCUUCCAGUUCCAAAUGGCAGGCCAUAGCUGGGCCAUGACAUCAGCACUGUGCGCGUGUGUGGCAGCCGUGUCUCUCCUGUACAUGGGCGAGGUGCAGGCGGACUGCUGGUUGAUCGAGGGGGAAAAGGGCUUUGUGUGGUUGGCCAUCUGCAGCCAGAACCAGCCCCCGUACGAGUCCAUCCCCCAGCAAAUCAACAGCACCAUUUUGGACUUGCGGCUGAACGACAACAAGAUCAAAAGCGUCCAGUUCUCCUCCCUCAGCCGCUUCAGUAACCUCACAUACCUCAAUCUGACCAAGAACGAGAUUUCCUACAUCGAGGAUGGUGCCUUCUCAGGACAGUACAACCUGCAGGUGCUGCAGCUUGGCUACAACCGGCUGAGGAACCUGACGGAGGGAAUCCUCCGCGGCUUGGGGAAGCUGGAGUACCUCUACCUCCAGGCCAACCUCAUUGAGACCGUCACCCCCAAUGCCUUCGGGGAGUGCCCCAACAUUGUGAACAUUGACUUGUCCAUGAACAGGAUCCAGAGGCUGGACAGCAACACGUUCCGGGGCCUGAACAAACUCUCAGUCUGCGAGCUUUACAGCAACCCCUUCUAUUGUUCCUGUGAGCUCCUGGGCUUCCUCCAGUGGCUUGAGGGCUUCACCAACAUGACACGCACUUAUGACCGCAUGCAAUGUGAUUCCCCUCCGGAUUAUUCCGGCUACUACCUUUUGGGCCAAGGCCGAAGUGGUUACCGCAAUGCCCUGGGCAUGCUCUCAUCCCUCUGCACAGGCGGGCCCUACACCAUGCCGCCUUAUCUCAUCCCACCCAAGAGCCCAGUGACCACAGCUCCUACCGAUGGUCCAUGCCCGGAGGAAGAGUGCUUCUCUGGGGACGGCACCACGCCGCAGGUGUCGCUGCACACCCCCGUGAUCGAGAUGUAUCCCACCAUGAAACUGAAGCACAUGACCCACAACUCGGCCAUCGUGAGCGUGCAGAUCCCAGCGCCCUUCAGCAAGAUGUACACCUUGGCGCAGUUUAAGAACGGCCGGUCUAACACAUACACCAAGCUCUUGAAGGCGAAAGAAGACAUCGAGCUCCGGGACCUGGGUCCCAACGAAGACUACACGUACUGCGUGACAUCCACCAACCGAGUCUCCAAAUACAACUACACUUGCCUCACCAUCAACCUAAACAAAGCAAGCAAAGGAGAGCCGACACCCAGCCCGUCCACGGCCACUCACUACAUCAUGACGAUCUUGGGCUGCCUCUUUGGCAUGGUGAUUGUUCUCGGGGUGGUGUACUACUGCCUCCGGAAGAAGCGCCAGCAGGAGGAGAAGCACAAGAAAGCUGCCGUCAACAUGAAGAAGACCAUCAUUGAGCUGAAAUACGGGCCGGAGAUGGAGACGACCAGCAUCUCCCAGCUGUCUCAAGGUCAGAUGCUGGGCGGCGAGACCAUGACCCGCAUCCCAUAUCUUCCUUCUGUCGGGGAGGUCGAGCAAUACAAGCUGAUCGACAGCAGCGAGACCCCCAAGGCCACCAAGGGCAACUACAUGGAGGUGCGGACGGGGGAGCAGCCCGAAAGAAGGGAGUGCGAGUUGCCCUUGCCACCCGACAGCCAGAGCUCCGUGGCAGAGAUCUCCACCAUCACGAAAGAGGUGGACAAGGUGAACCAGAUCAUCAACAACUGCAUCGAUGCCUUGAAAUCAGAGUCUACUUCCUUCCAGGGAGUGAAAUCGGGGGUGGUGUCCACUGCUGAGCCUCAGCUGGUGCUCUUAUCCGAACAGAUCCCUGGUAAGCACAGCUUCCUGGCCCCAGUCUACAAGGAGAGCUACAACCACCCGCUGCAGAGGCACCACAGCAUGGAGGUCCCCCCAAAGCGCUCCAGCACUUCUUCCAGCGGCUCCAUACGGAGCCCCAGGUCCUUCCGCUCCGAGGGCUCAGGCCACAAAUCCGAAGCCAAAUAUAUCGAGAAGACGUCCCCGACCACAGACACCAUUCUCACUGUGACGCCGGCGGCCGCUAUCCUGCGGGCCGAGGCCGAGAAGAUCCGACAGUACAGCGAGCACCGGCACUCUUACCCAGGGUCCCAUCAGGGGGAGCAGCACGACAGCAUGGGGGGGCGCAAGCCCUCCAUCUUGGAACCUUUGACCAGGCCCCGGCCCAGAGACUUGGCCUAUUCGCAGCUUUCCCCCCAGUACCAUAACCUGAGUUACACCUCCAGCCCCGAAUACACGUGUAAGCCUUCCCACAGCAUCUGGGAGCGCUUCAAAUUGAACCGAAAGCGGCACAAAGACGAGGAGGAGUACAUGGCCGCUGGCCACGCCCUGCGCAAAAAGGUCCAGUUUGCCAAAGACGAGGAUCUUCACGACAUCUUAGACUACUGGAAGGGGGUAUCUGCCCAACACAAGUCUUGAGUCCUCAAAAACAGCUCGUGACUUAACACUGGACCAAAUGGAAAACAAAACCCGAGAAAACAGCAGCAGCUAUUUUUAAAUCCAGACUUGACUUUCGAAAACAAAUAACGGACGAGAAUCUAUCGUUAUUCUAUCGAACGGAUCAGAGAGUGGGGAGGGGUUUCAUCUCUCAUUUGUGGGGAUGCACACCAAAUUUGAAAAGGAAAACAAAAAAACAAAACCCAAGAUGCUUAAAAACAAAGUAAACUGUGGAGUGUAAAAAAACAACACAAAGAAACGUUUUCUUUUCUUUUUUUGCUUUCGUUUUGUAAAAAAGUCAGAAAAUCGAAUUAAAAAAAAAAAAGGAAAUGAGAGAGGAACAAAAAGAAAGAGAGAGCCAGUCAGAAAACGAAAGGAGUGGGGAGGAAUAGUCAGGACUGCACCGCAUGACUCCUUAUUCUCUGGUUUUUGUGGAUUCUGUGUACAGUUUUGUCAUCUUCUUCCUUUCAGUAACCAAAAAGUAAGACCAACACAAACAGCAACAAAAGGUCAAUCAGAAAAAGAUAGCAGAAGGAUUUUUUAAAAAACAAAACACAAAAAGAUAACCCUUUGGGCCUUUUGCAAAUGGAGUCUUCCAGUUUAGACUAUUAACCGCCUGAAGGUCCCAUUUGUGCAUUUUCUGGGGUGUACAAGAGCCUGUCACAAAGUCGUAUAUUGUAAAACUGAUGCCAUUCUAUUGUACAGAGAGAAAAGAAAUUCUAUAUUUGCAAAUGUUUGCUGUAUAAUGAGAGAGAGAAAGAGAGAGGAAAAUAUUACAUCUACUCAAAGAAAUAUAUCUAUAUAUUCACCUGUUUGUACCAGGUUUUAAUCAUGGAUUUUAGAAAAAAAAACAAAUCACCAAAAAAAACAAAAACCUACAGUUGGGUUUUGGUUUGAA